UCCUUAGACUCUUUUCUGAAAGAGUUUAAGUCAAUCUGUGACAACCUUGCAGCUAUCAAGAAACCAGUCGAUGACCUUGACAAAGUGUUCCAACUGGCACGAGGAUUGGGAUCAAAAUAUGAGAAUUUUCGCCUCGCCAUGGUAACUAAACCUCCAUAUCCCACAUUUAAUCAAUUUGUACUUGCUCUACAGGGAUAUGAACAGACACUCAACACUCAAAAGGAAGAAGAGAAAGACCAUGUUGAAUAUAAUCAAGCCUUUGUUAGUCAACGAGGACGAGGAAGAGCGAAUAGAGGAAAUCGUGGGGGUUUUAGCUCAAGAGGAAGAGGGUUCACCCCAGCUGGUCGCUACAAUGCAAACUCAAACAAUUUCAUGAAAGAAAAAGGUGCAAAUGGCAAACAACAAGAAAAAGGUGACAAACCUACUUGUCAAAUUUGUGGUAAAAUGAAUCAUACUGCUCUUGAGUGUUGGUACAGGUUUGAUUACUCUUAUCAAACUGAAAAUCUGCCACAAGCACUAGCAACACUCACUACAAAUGACUAUGAUUCAUCCCAGUAUAUGGACUCAGCAGCAACCUCUCACAUGACUAACAAUCCAGGAUCACAACAAGCAGAUAAUAGGGAAGGGAAUUAAGAGAGGAGAUCUCUAUGCUUUGGAUUCAAACUCUCAGCAAGCUUUAACUACAAUUACAGGAAUCAACGAUUCUUCUUUGUGGCACCAACGUCUUGGACAUCCAAGUGCCAAAGUUUUAUCUUUACUCAAGGGAAAGAAUUUUAUCCAUUUUAAAAAAUGGCAAGCAAAGUCAUC